UUUUAAUUGUUAUUAUUGUUGUUGAGAACGGUUACCUUUAUUUUGGGCGGCGGGAGGAUUUAGACUGCACGAAUUCCGGGGGUGGGAAGGAGAGCGGGCGAUGGAGCGAGGGCCGCGGCCUGUGCUAUAGGCGCCGCCGGCAGGGAGAGGCGGCCUGAAAAGCGGAUUUCCAUUAUCUGCAAUAUUUUGCUUUUGUUGGUUUCAGAGAACAUUCUGGAUCAGUAUUUUUCUACUUUGAAGAAGAAAGCAAUGCUGGAUCAAGUUCUUGAAAUAAAAUAUUAGGCCAGCUGGCCUAUUGUUCCUCCUUUUUUGGAUCGGAUUGUUUGCAGUUUUCUAAACUGGUGGCAUUUUUCCAGAAUCUAGAAAAAUUUCAAAGAAAACAACAAAUGCAUCCACAAUUUCCGCAGCCACUUCUUUGAAGACCCCAGGAUAAGGCAGUCAGGUCCAGGGGACCUGCUAGCCUUUAGUUGCCUGACGAGCCAAUAACAUCCUAGCUCACAGUUUGGCUACUUUUGGGAAACGCCUAGCCCUUUGGCAUCUCUGAGCAAUUCACACAACCUGCCAGGUUUUAAUCUGUCAUAGUCAGCUUGCACAGUACCUUCAAGAGAUCUCCUUUCCUGCCAAACAGAAAAACUGAUCUGCUCCUGAGUGACUCCAGUAUGAUGCAAGAGUGAUGGUCUUGUUUAGGUUCUAGGACAGAAAUCAAUACAGAGGAAACACGAAGCACAUCAAGCAUGCCCCUGGAGCCAGGUAAACCACAUUCACACAAUGCGGAAGAAGACUCUGAAAGCACCUGUCAUAAUAGACAGGAUGAUUCUGAAGCCCAGAAUCUACAAAAUCAACUGAGACAGAAUACUGAAAUUGCCCACAGUGGAAAUACUCUUCCAUCAGUACCUCCCAACUUGGUUUCUGUAGAAGAGCUGAUUGAGGCGGAAAAAGGAGUCUGUAAUAUGGCUCUAGCCCAUGAGAUAGUAGUUGAUGAAAGUUUUGUUAUCAAACAGCGUGAUCUACCAGAGAGCAGUUUUGAGAAGACCUUAGAAGACAUUAUGAAGAAGGCUUUCUGGGAUAGUUUGCGAGCACAGCUGAAUGAAGAUCCACCGGUUUAUGACCAUGCUAUUAAGCUUCUAGGUGAGAUUAAAGAGAGUCUUUUGUCAUUCUUGCUGCCGGGUCAUACCAGGCUAAGGAACCAAAUCAAUGAGGUUCUGGAUCUGGAGCUCAUAAAGCAGGAGGCUGAGAAUGGUGCACUGCACAUCCCAAAACUGGCUGACUUUAUCAUCGGGAUGAUGGGAACACUCUGUGCCCCUAUCAGGGAUGACGAUAUUAAGAUCAUCAGAGAUAUCACGGACGUGGUGGAAUUGUUCAGGGAGAUAUUUGCAGUGCUGGAUUUAAUGAAACUUGACAUGGUGAAUUUUGCCAUUAGCAGUAUUCGACCACACUUAAUGAAACAAUCCGUUGAUUAUGAACGGAAGAGUUUCCAGGAAUUCUUUGACAAACAACAUGGUUCAUUGGAAAUCACUACAGAAUGGUUGCAGGAGGCGGCCAGUGAACUCCUGAGCUCUGAUGCAGAUACUUCUGUGUAUGGUGGAGCUGCGGCAGGUGCAAAAGACACUUCUGCGUUGUGCCCUACUUCAGUGUUAAACCAUGCAUAUGUGAAAUUGCUGAAAUGGGAUCAUGAUAACAGACUCUUCCCAGAGCCUGUACUCAUGGACCAAUCUCGCUUUGAGGAAAUGCAACGUGAAUUGAAUCAACUGACGAUUACAGCGGCUGUCCUGCUGGUCAUAUACAACAUGACGGGUGCAGCUUUAUCAGGGCUGUCAGGAUUUCCGGAUAGACUGAAAAGAGUUAUUAAAGUCUUACUGACAGACAUGCAUAUGCUCUCCUUUCAUCUUUCUGAGGCUAUGGUCAGUAUGAGUGAGCAGAUCUGUGUGGAAGUAAAUAAGUGCUUAUCUCAACAUGGUUUCUCACUGCUAACUACAGAGAAAGAGACAGUGUUAAAAGGUCAAAUCCAGGCAAUAUCUAGUCCAGAUAACUCUGUUCACAAACUGAUAGAUGCACGCAUUCAGACUUUCCUGAAGAUGAUCCUUGCGUCAAGCAAUCCGAAAUCAGUUGCAGUCCCCGGAGGACUUGGUCCAGUUAGAACCGAGUUGGAAGAAGUAACUGUCAAGUUUCUUCACCUUGUAAACUAUAACAAGUUGGUCUUCAGUCCUUAUUAUGACGCAAUCUUGACCAAAGUGCUCAAAAAGAAUGGCUCGCAGCUAUCUGGGCUAAGUGAGGAGGAACAACUAUCCUCAAGAUAAUUUCAUUAGGAGCAUUGCACGUUUAAGCAACAAUAUCUUUUUUAUUUGUGUCUCCCUCCACGUGGCUUAGAAGGGGCCAAGCUGGUUGGGGAGGGGGCAUUUAUGGAGAAUGACUUUGCAUUGAGAUAAUCUAAGGUGGUGAGGGUGCAAUAUGCACUAGCACUUCAUGUUUCUGUAAAAUAGAAGGGAUGUGUUUCAGUGUUAAAGACUCCUGGUUUUCCUAAAGCUGGGAAAACAUUUCCACCUGUGUUAUCUUUUUACCAGUUUUGAAUUCCCUCUCUGAAAUUUAUUUUCCCACCCAUUACUAACAGUACAUUAAUAGAACUAUUUGAACAGACUGAUGUUAUAUACUAAUUGAAAUUUUGUUUGUAUCACUCCUGAAGGUAGAACGUAUUCAUUACACUAUUUAGUUAAAUGAUAACUUGAUAUGAUGCAAAACUUUAAGACAAUUACUGGGAUGAUUUUUGAAACCAAAGGCCUCUUUACAAAGUGUGCUAAGCCACUUGUGCUUCUGGAGCACUCAUAGGCCUUUGAUACCUCAAGACUUGAUGAGACUGUUCCAGUGCACUCCUAGCUAACCUCCGAGAUUCUACCCUACUUAAGCUUAAACUAAUCUAAGCCUCUAUCGUUCCUACCCGAACCUGCAUUGGGUCCAUUACAUCAUCAUCCCUGUGCUUGCUGACCUACAUCAGCCCUCAGUUAAACUUUGCCUGGACUUGAAAAUUUUCAUUCUUGUUUUCAGAUCCUCCAUGGCCUUAGGCCUCCCCACCUCUGUACCCACUUCUAGCACAUAUAACUGCAUUCUUCCAAUUCUGGAACAUUCCUAAUAUUAAAACACUGCACCGUUGGUGAUCAUGCUGAGGCCCUAAGCUUUGGAAUUCCCUUCCUCAACCUGUCCAUCCCUCUACGCACCUUUUCAAAUUUAAGAUACUUCUCAACAUCUGCUUUUGGUUGUCUGCCUUAAUUUUCCCUUAUGUGGUUUGAUGGCAAUAUUUUGCUUAAGCUUCUGUGAAGCAUCUUGGGCCUUUUAAAUCUAUUAAAUGCUCCCCAUGGUAUUGGGUAAGGUCUGAUGUGUAGUGUUGCUCAUCAGUGUGAAGAACGCUCCCCGAUGGGAAUUCUGGUUGAAGCUAGAAUGGACUCUUCCUAUUUGACAACAGAUAUCCACACCAUCUGUUCAUGCCGGCUGACUGAAAUAAGGAAUAGGUAUUGACUGGUGCUGAUUGCCUGGCACUAAGUAAUGCCAUGAAAGACUACUACUGCAAAUAGUCAUUGAGUCACUAGCCCUUGUGUCAGAGGCCCACAUUCCACUGAAUAAUGCUUACAUACCUGAGGGCUGGAUCGCAUCAGUGUUGGAAGUACCAAAUCCAAUUUCAGAAAUACUGCAGUUGACAUUUUGGCAUCUGUUUGUAAAUGAACUAUAAUCUGUGGUCUAAUACAGUUAUAAUAGUUCAAAUGUAAGAAACAGGUACAGUUGUCCAGGGACAAUAAUUCUGGCUUAUUUUUAAUAGACUGCAAGCCGGAAUGUUAUAGGUCACCAAUUGAAGAUUCUGCUGAAUUUGCAGAUUUCAUGUCAUCCUAAACCAAGACCAAUUUGUUCAAAGCCCAGAAUGAUAUAUUCCUGGUGUGAAGAUAGAACAGUUACUUUGAGUGCACUUAGCAUGCUUCAGAAAUAUCUUGAAAUAGAUUAAAUUGAAAAUUAGUGACUAUUAGAAAGAUAGCAUCACACAAGAUCCUAGGAAUGGGUGUGAAUAACUUUUACUGUGGAAAUUGAUGAGAAAAGGAAGGUUGGGAUCAAAGGUGAGAUAGAGGGAGGGUUGUAGGAUAGGGGGUGAAGGUAGAUGUGGAGGGAGUGUGGAGCAGUGCCCUGUUUUGACAUUAGGAGAGAUGGGGGUGGAACAGGGCACAGGUCAGGUGAGGAUAUCAAAUGGCAGUUUGGCAGCCUGCAAGCGUAGUGAUCUUCACACCAGCUUGGUUUGCUGCUAAUCUCUGGAGAUUGUACUGUGUUUCCUCUUUUGUUGUAGUGCAGUUUAAUUCUGUCCUAAAAAAUCAGAUAUUUGCACAACUGUCCAACCUUGUUAUUUAUGCCUUUCAUUAUGCAAGUCGCCAAACUAUUACUUGAGUAUAGUGGACCAUUCUUAUGACUAUCAACUGAAUGUGUUAAGAAAUACAGUCAUGUAGAGUGAAAACAUUUUGUUGCAUCAUUCAGUGGCCAAAAACUCCCUGGUGCUUUCGUUAUUUCACUCAUUUAGCAUUACACUCGUGUGUGUUGUUGCAUAAGGCAACUAUGAAGUGUGCAUUGUAUUAACUAAAGAUACUACUUUACCAGUGUAAAUACUAAUAACCUAUUUCAUAGAACAAUUUGGAAGAUGGUGCCUAAUUUUUUUUCGGCUGCUUGUUCCUAGAAUUUUGCACUAUAAUUAGGAAAUAGUGAUAAUGUAUUUAAGCAAGAAAGGCGAACUUAUAUGUAAUAAAAAAAGUUCACCUGGUGCCAGUUUGUUUUUUUUUAAAAGCAGACAAUAUACAGGAAUUAUGUAUUGGGUUAAGAAAGGGAAUACAAACCAGCUGUCUUACUCCUGUCCACUUUACACUCUGAUCCUACUGGUAAAUUGUGUAUGGAUGGCCAAAUGAAAUCAGUUUUCUCUCUCCAUCCCACUAGGCCUACUGGAUCAUGGAAAAAUAAAAUAAACCAAUCUAUAAAAUUAGAAAAAGUAUUCCUGCUUUACUAAAUUCUAAGUAGCUAA